AUGCCACCCCCUCGUACCACCGCUAUACUCCUUCAAUCACCACACACAGCCAGUCGUACCUCGGCUCCGCGCCAUGUGAGCAGCAAUCGCUACCACAGCCUCACCAGUCACUGCACGCAGCACACGCGACCAACACGGCUGCAAACCAGACAGCAGCUCUACUACGCAGCACGACCAACUAUAUUAGUCUAUACCAUCUCAACGACCGCAUUUUUCCUCCAGGAACACAAUUACUAUGAGAUCCUGGAUCUGCCAGUGACAGCCACCGCGGCCGAGAUCAAGAAACAAUUCUACGCGCUCUCCCUCCGCCACCACCCUGACCGCAACCGCGACGACCCCGACGCCAGCCAACGGUUUGCCAAAAUCUCCUCCGCCUAUAACGUACUCGGCAACACGCAGAAGCGCUCCAUCUACGAUCGCGACCACGGCUUCCACCAUGCACACCACCGCGCCCCGACGGGUAGCCACAGCAGCCACAGCGCGAACCUGCACCACAAGGCCAGCUACGCGGGUUCGCGGCCGCCGAGCGGGCUGAGCAAGCGCCGAGGCACAUUCCAUGGGCCGCCGCCAAGUUUCUACGCGCAGGGUGGGUACGGGGAUACUGGGCGGACGGGCGAUGGGUAUGCAGCUGGUAAGGCUGGGGUGGGAGCUGAUGGGAAGGGCGGGGGAGGCGGAGGUGGAGAGGGUACUGGGAAGGCUGGGCAGGAAGCUGAUCCUGAGGAUCCGAUGGGAUUUAUUGAUCGAAAUCCGCUGGGGCAUUUCAAUGCGCGGGGACACUUUCGAACGCAGAAGGCGGAAGAUCUGAGGAGGAGGGAGCGGCGGUCGAAGGCGCGGAUGGCAGCGAAGGAGAAGGCGGAUACGUUUAUGGGGGGUGGGGAGUUUGGGAUUCUGCGAUUUGUUGUUGUGUGUGGGAUAUUGGUUGCUGCUGGGGCUAUGACGGGCGUUUUUAAGUGGCCCGGUGCGCCGCUGGCAGAGGAAGGGAAGGCUGGCAAGAAGAGGAAGGAGGCCGUAACUGCGUCCUAA